AUGAAUCACUUUGGUGCCAACUUGGAAAAGUUCCUAGGAGAUAUGGAAAGAAUAAUUGUGCUGGAGUGGUAUCACUUGGAGAAAGGAAGAGCUACUCCAUUUCCAAGCAGCUUCAAGUGCUUUACUUGUGACAAUGUUAUUGACAAUUUCAACUGUAACAGAUGGGCUGAAGAUAAGUGGUGUCCUCAGAACACUCAGUACUGUUUAACGGUCCAUCACUUUACUAAUCACGGAAGGAGCCUCUCUGUCACCAAGAAAUGUGCUACCAGGGAAGAAUGCCAUUUUGUUGGCUGCCAUCACCACAGAGAAACUAGUCAUACGGAAUGCAUUUCCUGCUGUGAAGGGAUGAUCUGCAAUGUAGAUGUACCUACAAAUCACACAAAUGCUGUUUUUGCAGUACUGCAUGCCCGGAGGACAUCAGGAGGUAGCAGACAAACUAUUAGCAUCUCCUUGCUGGUCAUACUCAUCAUAGUUUUCAGGUUAUGACAUGACUCUCCUCAGGUAGAAGGAAUUUGUUGUCUGGUAACAUGAAGACAAUCUCUGAUGAAGAAGACCUCUAAGAGGUCUUUUGUAUGGAUAAAAGCACUGCUGGGUAUUUGAAGACUGCUGGUCAUAACAUGGUAAUGAAGACAUACUCAGAUAUUGGUGCCAAGAAAAACCAAGCACAAUGGCCAAAUAUUAUGUCAACUUGACUAGUUACCAGUAAUAUCAGAAUUCUUUGUGUGGAACAUAGAAGAACAAUUUGUCCUUUGGCACGUUAUUGUAGCAAGUUACUACUGUACAAUUUUGAAGUAUUAAAAUUGUUCCUCACCUGAAAUAAUAUUUUUUAGGGAAGUGAUGAUGCAAUAUUAUUUUAUAUCAAAAUUCUUCCUAGUUUUGAGGGGUCCCUAUCUACCUGCAAUCCUGACUCAUAUCUGAUGCUGUCCAACUUUUUGCUGUCCUUACUGUGAGGUCCUUUAUUCUGAAUACUACAGUAGCCACUGUAGUAGCAUCAUCGGAUUGAGGGGGAAAGAGAUGGAAAUGGUAUUGACAUUUUGGGAAUGGAGACAUCAGCAUGUGUUUGACUAUACAAGUUUGGCUUGAUGCAAUGGGUAAAUAGGUAUUAUUAAGAGUUCUUUAAACUGCUUGCACGGUUAGUUCCAUACCUCAAAUAUCAAUAUAACAACACUGUGCCUUUUCUCCGUAUUGCCCUUGCUGGCCAUGAUUUCCAAACAAUAUCACUGUGGUAGGAUUACCUCUUCAUGAUGAGUUGCCCUUAUGCUAGAGAACUGGGGAAUUAUCCAAACCAUCUAAGGAAGUAGAGAGUUCAGAACAACUAGUUGGUUUGCUCCACACCGAGAAAUAUGAACAGAAAAAAAUUAUGAUAGUUAAACCUAGAAUAAUGGGCUACCAACUUUGCUUGAAGUGGCCACCGUUUCCUUAGUGAUCAAAGACAAGUUAAUGUGAAUCACCCUUGAGAUGUAGCUCAAUCUGUGAGGGAAACUAUACGUGUGAAAAAGAUUUCAAAGGUCAUGGAAUUUAACACUCUAUUCCAGUGAUGGCUAACCUUUUUGUCCUCGCAUGCCCACAUCCAUAAUGCAGUGUGUGGGUGACCCCCCC